UAAAAUAUCGCUCUUAAAUCAGCUGUUUGUUUCAUUUAAUAAUUCAACUAUUUCAACUAUUCAACUAUUUAAUAUAAAAAUUAAUUAAUAAUCUGAAGCAGAUGGAAAAUGAAUCGCUUUGAAUACAUAGAAGCUCGACUAGAAGAUGGAGAAACAUUCGUUAGCCGUGAAUCCAAUAUAAAAUUAUAUGAUGGCGAACAAAAGACUAAAUUCGAAGACGGAGAGCUGGUCUUAACCACUCAUCGUUUAUUUUGGGGCAGACCCGGUGAGAUUGCACGCGCAGCAGUUACUUUAUGCUUACAUUUACGUUAUAUAGUAUCAAUUAGUGAAGAGCAAGCUAGUAACUAUUUGUUUGGUCGUAAAACCCGUCUAAUACUGCACCUCCGUCCAGCUGCAAUUGAUAAAGCUCCGGGUCCUUUAGAUAACAGUAGAGCAUCUUUUAUCAAAUUAUCCGGUAAACAUGGUGUAUAUUCAGAAUUUGCUAGUGCCUUAAGAGAAACUCUGGAAGCACGUAUUUGGCAAGUGGAUGCUAGCAGCACAAAUUCUAAUGAGAAUUGUGAAGAGCAUGCAAAGCCCACCGCUAAAGAACUAUCAAGCCGAGAAGCACGUCUACGAAUGCGCACCGGUAUUGGAGGAAUAGAACGUGCCAUUGAGGCGAAAAGUAAAGAGACAGAUGAGAAUAUAGCUUUAGCAUUUCAAGAUUUACGCGUUCUAAUGGCUAUGGCCAAAGAUAUGGUGGGCAUAUCUCAAGUCAUAAGCGAAAAAAUACGCAAUGAAAGGGGCGAAAUUUCCCAAGACGAAACAAUAACAUUUAAAUCGUAUUUACUCAGCUUAGGUAUAGCGGAUCCAGUAACUCGAGAAGGUUAUUCCAGCGAUACGGCAUAUUUUUCGAGUCUGGCCCAGCAAUUGUGUGAAAUGUUAUUGGAUCCUUUAGAAGAUUGUGGCGGAAUGAUGUCAUUAGCUGAUGUUUAUUGUCGGGUGAAUAGAGCGAGAGGAUUAGAAUUACUGUCGCCUGAAGAUUUGUUGCAUGCCUGCCAUUUGUUACAAGGACCUAUUAAACUACGUACAUUUCCUAGUGGAGCUAUGGUUUUACAGCUAGAGUCCCAUGACGAUGAGAUGAUGGCUGUAGAUACAUUGGCUUUGGUGGAAAGCAAUACUUCUUUAGCUGUAGAGGAUUUGGCAAAAUUACGCAAUAUAUCUUUGCUAUUGGCGAAAGAGCGUUUACUAGCAGCCGAGCGUCUAGGUAAACUAUGCCGCGAUGAGUCUUUAGAAGGCUUAAGAUUUUAUCCUAAUUUCUUAAUAAAUCGUCCUAAAGAAUGUUAGCGAAACUCGUAUAUAUUUUUAAGUGUAUUGUAUGCAUAUUUUUUAUUUUAUUAUUAUAAUUUUUUUUUUUUAUGCCUUUAUUUGAAUUAAUAAAUUAUAUAUAUUAAGUUAGGCGUACGUUUUGUUUUACUUUAGAGUUCACCUUUUUCUCAUCAUUUAAGCUUAUUGUUAAGUAAAUGUAAACUCAUUUAGGCAUUGAGUUUAUAAAAUCUUUCAUUUUUUACAUACUAUACAGACAUAUAACAAAAUUACCGAUUUUUUUUUUUUGUUUUUUUGUUUUUCUGUUAUAUAUUAUCGCAUGUACAUUUAUGUGUUGUUUUUAUAAGUCUUUAAUUAUUACCUUUUAGUUUAUAUUUGAAGAGUUUUUUUUAAUAAUAAAUUUUUACUUAAAUUCUUUAAGUUAUUUGAGAAGUUA